AUGAGAGCCACAGCGAGACGUGGUCUCCUGGAACGCGUUGAUACUGGGCUACGUAGAGAAUGGAGAAAGCAAGGUCGCUCUCGAGUUCUUUGGGAAGAUGGGCUGCUCGCCAAACUCUCGGACUUUCGUUGCUGCUGCCAAGGGCUGUGCGAAUCUAGCAGUGAAAGAGGAGGCCACCAAAAGAUGGUGAAGACGAAGAGCCUGGAGAAGGAGCUCGCUGUUCACGAUGGAGCUGUGAAAAGCCACUGCUGUGGAGAUAUCUUCCUGGGGAGCAGCCAAGUGACAGGCUUUGUGGACAACGGGGAAAGCGAGCUGGCUCUCGUGUUCUUCGAAGAUAUGAAGCUAUCUGGGUGCUGUCCAAGCUCUCGGACGUGUGUUGCUGCGCUUGCCGCCUGUGCGAGCUCGGCAAUGCGAGAAGAAGCGGUGGAUGUCGACGGUGAAGCUUCAAACAGCAGGUGCUGUGAGGACGUGUUCGUGGGGAACACUCUGAUCGAUAUGUACGCGAAGUGUGAGAAGCUAGAGGAAGCUCGCAAGGUCUUCGAUGGCAUGGCUGGCCGAUGUAAGUGGAGACAGCAAGCUGGCCUUGGAGGUGUUCUUUGGCAUGGCUCGGGAGAACGAUCCGGACGAGAGAACGUUUGUUGCUGCGCUCAUGGCCUGCGUCCACCUUUCAGCGUCCGAGCCACCUGUUCCGCGAGAAGAUGGAAAGCUAGUGCGAAUCCAGAGCCUAGAAAAGGGGAUGGAGAUUCAUUCUCUCGCCGCGAAGUUUGGACGCUGCGAGCACAGAUUUGUCGGGAGCAGCUUGGUGGACAUGCUGAGCUUUACAGGCGUGGGCUGGAAGACGAUCAAGUUGUGGGGAGUAAACUUCUACAGGAAGUGCGGAGUUAUGAGUGCGAGCACUUGUUUGGAUCUCUCGCAGUCCGAGAUAUCGUCGCCUGGAAUGCACUGAUCACAGGAUUCGGCCAACAGGGUGACACGUCGCGCAUGUUCGAAGCCUGUCGUGAGAUGCGAGAAGAUGGCGUGCGAGCAAACGCAAUCACGUUUGUCUCGGUCAUCACUGCUUGCAGCCACGGCGGCCUAGUUGAACGAGGCAGGGAGUUUUUCCAGGCAAUGGACCCGGACUCUGCGUCCUCGGGGCCUGCUGUAAGUGGAAGUGCGUUCGAGGCACUGACGAAGAUCGACGAGAAUGACUCGGCUGCGUACGUUCUGCUGGCGAGCAUCUACCGGAGCGCGGGGCUGUGGGAGGAUCAUGAUAAGCUCAAGACUAUACAGGAGGCGGCCUUGAAAGCGGAUAAGAAGAGUUCACUUCAUCAAGCAGUCGUGAUGGAUUACAAACUGGAAGGUAGAAAGGACGGCAGCAACAUGGUGGACGAGCUAGAGAUUUGA